GACUCUGCACUCGGAAUCCAUAAGGUGUCGAAUCCGAAAGCGUUCACGCACCGUGUCGUCAGGCCGCCUUUGCCCUCGUCCCCAGCUAAUGCGACCGGUCUUCUCCACUCGUUGAGCAUGGGGGACGAAAGAAUUCUACCGGAGGAAGCAUGGGAAGCUUUUUAUCCUGCGGGAAGUAUUAACCCCGGUGGGGAGAUCAAGGGAGGGUUCGGAUUCUACAUGAAGGGGCCAAAACCGUUCGAACAAACCCUUGAGAGAAAGGAUGCGGUUGAAGUGGUAUGUGGGUACGAAGUUAUGUUUGAGGAGGGCUUCGAAUGGGUGAAGGGUGGGAAGUUGCCUGGCGUAUAUGGUGGAAUAGGCGAUUCUGCAUAUGGAUGCACGGGUGGGAGGAAAGAACAACGUUGUAACUGCUUCAACUUGAGGAUUAUGUGGCGCGCCAACGGCGAAGCCGAGCUCUAUGCCUACCUCCCACUCCUCCCGUCCAACACCCGAGCCCUACUUUCCGUACCCGACUCCCACGAGAACUCUGACUACGGAUUCUCCGUCGGUAGAGGCGCAUGGAGGUUCGAGAGUGGGAAGUGGUUCGCAGUUGCGACCAGGGUGAAGUUGAACGAGGUCGGGAGGGAGGAUGGCGAGCUCGACGUAUUCGUGGAUGGUCACUGUGUGAUCUCCGUGCGAGCGCUCGUCUUUCGGCAAGACGCACAGUCAAAAAUGAAAGGCAUGCAUUUUCAAACGUUCUUCGGUGGUCAUACACCAGAUUGGGCGUCUCCAAAAGACCAGAGAGCUUGGUUCGCAUCCGUCUCAGGAGCGGUUCUCGGGGACUCAGCUGCACAUCAAGAGUACUCUCGAGACGAACUAUGACGGGCUCUUGCUGUCGUUCAUACUCUGUCGGAUAGGGAGACAUACAAUCGUGGGACGUAUCAUGAAGAUCACACGCAACGCUUCUGAAUCACCCUGAUGUUGAUCUUAUGCGUUUUUUAUAGUGUAGAAGUAUAGGUCCAUAGUGUACUUGGUAGCACGCUCGGCAUACAUAUGUGAAAGUAAUGCACACGAUUGUGUCGGUUCAAGCCCGUCUGGG